AGGUUGCUCUCUCUAACAAGUACUUCCGGGUGUCGGCUGUGUGUUUGGGACUUUUCGCAGUUUCUUUUUCGGCGUGAUCGUGAUUACGUUAAAAAAAAAAAAGUAAUAUCUAACAAAUGACUCGGAUUUGUUUAAUAUAAAAAUGAACUUCUUUUGUACUUUGGUGUGUACAUGAAGGUCCACACUGAGAGCCGAGACACUCUGUGCCAUGUCCAGAUGUUAAUCCACAUCAGUAAUCCGGCGGAUAAAUGAUGUUGCUUGUUGCUUACAGGAGGUCUGUUUGCUCUCAGUGCGCCAUGAAACACGUCGUUUUUCUUCUCACAGCUUUCCUUUUGGCAGAGUGCUCUAAAAGACCUGGCACAGAUGGCGAAUAUGAUCACUUGAGGUCCUUGCUGUCUGACUUUGAUGUUCUGAAGCUGUCCAGUCUGCAGCAGCACUCUGUGCGUAAGCGAGAUGUGCAGAGCCACACACAUGCAGAGAGACUGCUCACUUUCACAGCCUUACACAGGCAUUUCAGGCUCUACCUGACCUCCAACACUGAACUGUUCACUGAAGACUUCAGCGCUGUGGUGGUGGAGAAAGACGGCACACACCAGAACUUUGAGGUCCACAGACAGAACUUCUUCACGGGCCAUGUCAUCGGGGAGGAGAACUCACGCGUACAGGCACAUGUUGAUGACAACGACUUCACUGCUCACAUUCUGACCGAUGAGGCUGAGUACAACAUAGAGCCUCUGUGGAGGCUCACUCAAAGCCCCCCGGAUGGCCGCUUACUGGUGUAUCGCUCGGAGGACAUCCGGAACGUGAGCCGUCUCGCCGCUCCUAAAGUGUGUGGCUACAUCACAGCAGAGGCCAGUCAGCUCCUGCCUGAGCAUGUGCGCACAGCCACGGCAGCAGAGGAAAAACAAGAAGAGGAAGAUCACCUGAGAGUGCGGAGGCAGGCAGUUGAUCACAGGAAGAACACAUGCCCUCUGUUGCUGGUGGCAGAUUAUCGCUUCUUCAGACACAUGGGCCGCAAGGAGGAGAGUACCACCAUCAACUACCUGAUUGAGCUGAUUGACCGGGUGGACGACAUCUACAGAAACACAUCUUGGGAUGAGGAGUUUAAGGGCUAUGGUGUUCAGAUCCAGCAGAUUAUGAUCAACAAAUCCCCCACUAAAGUGGAACCAGGACAAACCCACUACAACAUGAAGGGGAGUCCAGUGAAGAACAAAGAUGUGUGGGAUGUGAAAAGACUUCUGGAGCAAUUCAGCAUUGACAUCGCAGAGAAUGCCUCCAAAGUGUGUUUGGCUCACUUGUUCACCUAUCAGGACUUUGAUGAGGGCACGCUAGGCCUUGCCUACGUCGCCCCUGCCAAAGAAGAGGCUCCUGGAGGAGUGUGUUCCAAAGAGUCCCCUCAGUCAGGAAAUGACCACCGCACCAUAUACCUGAACACAGGCUUAACCAGCACUAAGAACUAUGGGAAGACUAUUCUGACUAAGGAGGCUGAUUUGGUGACGACCCAUGAGCUCGGGCACAACUUCGGGGCUGUUCAUGACAGAGAUGACGUGCCAUCCUGCGCCCCCAGCGAGGACCAUGGGGGAAAAUACGUCAUGUACCCCAUUGCUGUGAGCGGAGACCAUUCCAAUAACAGGCUGUUUUCCAACUGCAGUAAGAUGUCCAUCGUGAAAAGCCUGAGACACAAGGGCCCGUCAUGUUUUAAGGAGAGAAACAGUAAGGUGUGUGGGAACUCGCGAGUGGAGGAGGGAGAGGAGUGUGACCCCGGUCUGGUCCACCUCCAAACUGACCUCUGCUGUACCUCCGACUGCAAGCUACGCCCUACAAAGCAGUGCAGUGAUAGAAACAGUGCCUGCUGCAAGAACUGUAUGUAUGAGAAGGUCGGGAAGCCGUGCCAGGAGCCCAUCAAUGCCACCUGUAAGGGGAUGUCCUACUGCACAGGUAACAGCAGUGAAUGUCCUCCUCCAGAGAACCUGCCUGAUAACACCACUUGUGUGGACAACGGACAGUGUCUGAAUGGAGAGUGUAUACCAUUCUGUGAGGCUGGGCUCAACCUGCUUUCGUGCGCCUGCAAUGAGACGGAUCAAUCGUGUAUGGUUUGUUGCCGCAGUAAGAGUGGUGCAUGCUCUCCAUAUCAGGAUGAGAGAGGAAACUUCCUGUACCUGAGAAAGGGCAAACCCUGCACUGUGGGCUUCUGUGAUGGAAAGGGUAAAUGCAUGAAGCAGGUGCAGGAUGUCAUUGAGAGGUUGUGGGAUUUCAUUGAAAAGCUGAACAUCAACACAUUUGGGAAAUUCUUGGCUGAUAACAUUGUGGGCUCUGUAGUGGUCUUUUCCCUGCUCUUCUGGAUCCCGCUCAGUAUUCUUGUCCACUGUGUGGACAAGAAGCUCGACCAGCAGUAUGAACUGAACACAAGAUCACUCUUUUACCCCAGCAAUGCAGAGUUGCUGAGCAGUCUCGAUUCAGCCUCAGUGCGCAUCUUCAAGCCUCACUCUUCCUCAGCUCACUCUGCCGUCCCACGCUUCCAGAGCAGCACCCCUCCCGCCCCUCUGACUGCAGGCAGCUUAACGACUCCAGCCUCAGGCAUGUUGGCUAGCACGGAGCCUCCACGCAUGGACACCAUCCAGGAAGACCCCAGUAACGACUCACGCCUAGACGAGCAAGUCCUGGGGGAAGACUUCACCACUCACACCAAUGCAGCUCGCUCCUUUGCGGACCUGACUGAUGCUGUAGAGAAUGAUCUGGAGAGAUCAUUCAAGAUGAAGACACACGGGCACAGCAUCAGGAAGGAGACAGAGUGCUGAAUGUGUGUGUGUGUGUGUGUGUGUGUAAACUGACCUUUAUAACAGAAAGUGUGUGAAAAGGAGUGAGAGUGACUGCAUGAACUCCAGAGGAGAAGCAGAAUAAGCAAAGCUUGCAUAAGUAAAGUGUGGGCUGGAGCUUAUGUAACUCCGUAUUCAGAAAUACAGAAAGGCUGUAUGGUUUAGGAGCACUUCAGUUCCCUGUAGGGUGAACAAAGUGUGUUGCUUAUGUUUACGUAAUGCUCAAUUUAGCACUGAAGCUGCAGUGACUACAGGGGGCACAUUUAGCUAAAGACGAAUGUAGUGACUUUGCUUUAUGAAUUUCAGAGGUACACUUCAAGUCACUUACAUUUUGUUUUUCAACAGUCUAUAGUAACAAAAACAGUUUUAAAGGAAAAUGAAAGUUAUUGGAUACGUUUGACUUUAUUACUACAGAAUUAAAUAUUAUGUAAAAGAGAAUUCAAAAAAUGGCUUUCAAGUACACACUCAUCGGCCACUUUAUUAGUGAAAACCUGUACACCUGCUCAUUUAUGCAAUUAUCCAAUCAGCCAAACAUGUGGCAGGAGCACGAUGCAUAAAACCAAAUACAGGUCAAGAGCUUCAAUUAAAGUUGAAACACAUGAAACAUCAAAUGGGGAAAAAAUGUGAUCUUGACUAUGUUGUGGUUAUACCAGACAGGUUGCUUUGAGUAUUUCAGAAACUGCUGAUCUCCUGGGGUUUUCACGCACAGUCUCUCGAGUUUACACAGAAUGGUGUGAAAAUCAAAAACAUCCAGUGAGAGGUGGUUCUGUGGGCAGAAAUGCUUUGUUGAUGAGAGAGCUCAGAGGAGAAUGGCCAGAUUGGUUUGAGCUGACAGGAAGGCUAUGGUAACACAAACAGAAAAGCAUCUCAGAACCCACAACAUUCUAGCUGUACAAUCUGUCACAGUAGAAAUUGAGAUUAAUCAUACCAGGCAAGGUUUU